GAUUGCAUGGUUGUGGGUACUCAAACUUUAGACUUGGACCCAGAGACCAGCUGGCUCAUCGUGACCGUUCUACCGACGAUCUUCCACGAUAACCUCGUCUCGCUCGCCACGGAGCGCACCAAGGAGUCGAAGACGCAGGUAGAUGCUGCGGAGCAGCUGAAGUUUGACUCCCUUCUCGCUUUGGCAGCACUUGCUGCGGCUGCUGUGGCGGCCGUACUCAUGCUGCUCGUUCUGAGCUGGUUCGUCUCGCGCCCGCUGCAGGAGCUUUCCAACCUCAAAGAGCUGAUGGUGAAGCUCGGGGACUUAGAGCUGGAUGAUGGCCAGCUGUCCCACCUUCGUGCCGGACAUCGUUCCCGGAUUCAGGAAGUUUGUCACCUCCAGAAUGCCUUUUGCCGGAUGAUGAGGGGCGUGGAGUCCUUCACCCGCUUUGUUCCGAAGAAGGUGGUUCGAGACAUUGUUUGCACUGACGGCCAGCAUCAUCAGCUGCUUCAUGCUCGUCGCCGGAAGGUGACCAUCAUGUUCUCAGAUGUGGCGAACUUUACAACCAUAGCCGAGUCUUUAAAAGAGGCCGACCUGCUGUUUUUUCUGACUCGGUACCUGGCCGUCAUGACUACGCUGGUCGAGAGUUACCAAGGCGAGAUCGCGGAGAUUCUUGGCGACGGCCUGCUCAUCUUCUGGAACACACCUGAGGACGUACGGGACCACGCCACGAAGGCUUGCAUGACCGCUAUCGCCAUGCAGCGCGCCAUUCCGCACUUGAACCGGCAGCUGGUGGGCUACGGACUACCUCCGCUGAGCAUCCGGAUCGGCAUCCACACGGGCACGGUGCUCUCCGGUCUCAUCGGCUCAGCCAGGAGGUUGAAAUUCGGAUGCAUGGGCGAUGCGGUGAACCUUGCAAGCAGGAUGGAGGGGCUCUGCAAGUUCUUCGGCGUAGGUGUCCUCUGCUCGGGGGCGACGAUGGAGGACACAUCGUCGGACUAUGAGUUCAUCUUCCGACGUCUGGGAAAUGUGCAGGUCAAGGGCAAGAAGUACACCACAAUGACGUACGAGGUGAUGGGGCUGUUCGGCAAGAAGGAGAAGGAGCAAGGAGCAAGUCCGUCGAACUCGAACAGCUCGACCGGGCGUUCGCCGCCCAAUCGUGAAAUUACGCUGCAGGUUGACAAGACCCCCAACAUGAUGUACUAUUACGACUCGUCCACAUUCAAUGAUAGUUCAACGAAGUCGCUAUGCUCAACGGACCUGAGGUCUUCACUCGAGGCGGCCACAUGCGAGCGAGCUUCGAAUUUGGAGCUUCUGAGGAUGCAAGCAGUGGAGUUCGAGACGGCGCUUGAGGCAUACGAGUCUGGAGAUUUAUCCAGGUCGAUUGAACUCUGCGAUGCACUACUGCAAGAGUGUCCUGACGACGGGCCGUGCCUGCGUCUCAGGAAAUUGGUCACCCACGCCCUGGACUCCAAGAAGGCGGCGACGACGAGUCAUCUUGAAGAGAUGGACUAUCGCGUCAUCCGCCCGGAUGAGAAGUGA